ACCUAUGAUCAGUUCCUUCUAAAAAUUAGUACGCACAUCUUCAUUUCAAGGGCAGAGAUUCGCAUGUUAUUCGAUGGCUCUUCCUCCACACAGCUAUGACGUGUUCUUGAGUUUCAGAGGCGAAGACACUCGCAAGACUUUUACUGAUCAUCUCUACACGGCCUUCGUAAAUGCAGGCUUUCGCACAUUUAGAGAUGACGAUGAACUCGAAAGAGGAGAAGAUAUCAAGCCAGAACUGCAGAGAGCCAUCCAGCAAUCGCGAAGUUCUGUCAUUGUGUUUUCAAAAAACUACGCGUCUUCCCGAUGGUGCCUUGACGAACUUGUCAUGAUCCUCGAACGCAAAAGGACGUCAGAUCAUGUAGUUUUACCAGUCUUCUACGACGUAGACCCAUCUCAAGUGAGGAAGCCGACGGCAAGUCUUGCAACAGCUUUUGUAAAAAAUGGGUCCUUGAAGGUCAAGGUGGAGAAAUGGAGGGCUGCACUUACUGAAGUUGCAGAUCUAGCCGGGAUGGUCUUGCAAAAUCAAGCUGAUGGGCACGAGUCAAAAUUCAUCAAGAAAAUUGUUAAGGUGAUUGAAGGCAAAUUAAGUCGAACUGCAUUCAAUGUUGCCCCACACCUGAUUGGAAUCCAUUCUCGAGUUCGAGAUAUUAAUUUAUGGUUACAUGAUGGAUCAACUAAAGUUAGAGUACUUCUCAUUUAUGGGAUGCGUGGAAUAGGGAAGACAACCCUUGCAAAAUUCGUUUACAAUAUAAAUUUCAAAAGGUAUAAGGGAAGCAGUUUCCUGGAAAAUAUCAAAGAACAUUCAAAGCAAACCAAUGGUUUGGUACAAAUACAGAAGAAACUUCUUUCUGAUGUACUGAAUGGCAAAAGAGUGAAAGUAGGGAAUAUUAGCGAGGGAAUAAUUAAGAUUGAAGAUGCUCUUAGCUCUAAGAGGGUUCUUCUCGUUUUCGAUGAUGUGGAUCAUGUUGAACAAUUAGAUGCAGUACUUAGGAUGCAAGGCCAGUUUUGUCCAGGAAGCAAAAUCAUCAUCACAACUAGCCACGCAGCUUUGUUAAAUGCUAGCCACCAAGCCAUUAAGGUGCAUAACCUUGAAACUUUUAAUAGCAAUGAGUCACUGGAGCUCUUCAGUUGGCAUGCAUUCGGGCAAGACCAUCCCGAAAAAGAUUACAUGGAACUUUCAGAAAGGGUGGUAAACCUUAGCGGAGGACUUCCAUUAGCUUUGAAGAUUUUGGGUUCUUCUUUGUCAGGGAAGAGUACAGUUGUAUGGGAAAGUGCAUUAAACAAAUUGGAAGCCAUUCCAAAUGGUGAAAUAUUAAAUAAACUCAGAAUAAGCUACGACUCUUUACAAGACCAACAUGAUCGAAGUUUAUUCCUCCAUAUUGCAUGUUUCUUCAUCGGAAUGGAGAAAGACGUGAUUGUUAGAAUACUAGAUAGUUGUGGCUUCUACACAAUUGUUGGCAUUCAAAAUCUCAUUGAUAGAUGUCUGGUAACAGUUGAUGAAUAUAACAAGGUGCGUAUGCAUUACAUGAUCCGGGACAUGGGAAGAGGUAUUGUUCACCUAGAAUCAAAAGAGCCCGGGGAACGUAGUAGAUUGUGGAAUCAUAAAGAUUCUUUCAAAGUACUGAAAGAAAAGAAUGGUACACAAACAAUUGAAGGCCUUGUCCUGAACAUGGGAAUGCAUCCUGCAUAUUGCACUCCUUCAAGAAAUUCGAAUGAGGUAACUUUGGAAACCGAUGCAUUUGCAAGCAUGCACAAACUAAGACUACUCCAACUUAGUCAUGUACGUCUCAUUGGACGCUACAAAGAAUUUCCAACAAAACUAAGAUGGUUGUGUUGGAAUGAGUUUCCAUUUGAUUAUCUACCCAAUGAUCUUACAUUGGAAAGCCUGGUUGUUCUUGAAAUGUGCUAUAGCAGCUUGAGACAAGUCUGGAAGGGAAAAAAGUAUCUUCCAUCAUUGAAGUUCCUAAACCUCAGUAAUUCCCAUCGCCUUACCAGUACCCCUGAUUUUUCACAUGUCCCCAAUGUAGAAAGCCUUAUUCUUAAAGACUGUACAAACUUGGUUGAUGUUGAAUCCAUUGGAGACCUAAAGAAACUUUUUUAUUUGAAUAUGGAAGAUUGCAAAAAUAUCAGAAAGCUCCCAAAGAACAUUUUUAUGCUAAAAUUCCUCGAAACACUUAUCAUAUCUGGUUGCUCAAGUCUUAAUGAGUUUCCAGCAGAGAUGGGGAAAAUGGAAUCUCUGAAAGUGCUUCAAGGAGAUGGAGUUCCAAUAUAUCGCUUACUCACUACGAUUGUGGAGGUCAAAUUACAACCAAGAAAAAAUCCAGAGACAUAUUGGACUAGUUAUUUACCAUGCAAUUUAGUGGAAUUAAGUCUUAGUGACUGCAAUCUCUCUGAUUAUGAUUUUCCUCGGGGUUUCGGUAACCUGUUCUCAUUGCAAAGAUUAAAUCUAAGCUGUAAUCCAAUUUCUAGCCUACCAGAUUGCAUCAGAGGCCUUAAGAGACUCGAGGAACUCUCUUUUUCACAGUGUACGAGACUCGAGUCGCUUCGAGGGCUACCUCCUGUGGCAGAAUUGAUAGUAAAUGGUUGCACAUCAUUGGAAACAGUAGCAUUUCAAUCAAUGUCGUACCAACCAAAGAUCAUCUUGGAUGAAUCCAAUUACAAGCUAGUUGAGAUUGAGCACUACUUCAAGUUAGAACACAUUGAAAGAGUUGAUGAAAGAAUGAUCAACCUUUUGAGCCUGGGCAAGUUGAAAUCCACGGAAACCAUUAUGAUGGACAGUACCCUACAUGUGUUCAAAACUUGGAUGAAGAGUAGGAUGCAUCCCAUCCAGGGACUGAAUGAAUAUGGUAUAUUCAGCACAUUUCUUCCUGGAAAUGAGGUUCCAGGCCGUUUCAGCCGUAGAAGUAGUACACAGUCGUCAAUAUCUUUAACCGUGCCUAUACGUGGCCAUCUCAAGAUUCAGGGCUUGAACGUCUUCUCUGUCUAUGCAAAGUCCAACAGUGAUUCUCCUAAGAACAUCAAUGCCAAUGUUGAAUCAAUACCUAACCCACUAGUUACUGCAGUUAAAGUCAGUAAUGAAAAUGGAAAGAAUUUGAAGUGGGUAUAUGUCCCUUCAUUCUUUGCCGUUCCAGGGGAUGGGAAAGACAUGGUAAAAGAGUACGGCAUUCAGGUUGUGUACGAGCAAGAAAAGAAGAUGAGUACUCCAGAAGAUAGAAUUGACACAAGUCAGUCAAAUAUGGUGCUCCAAGAUGAUUAUGAGGCGGCAGAUGUUAUAAGUUUCCCAAUAGAUGCUCUUUUUUCUCCAUCUGUCAUUGCUGGAGAUUUUUCAGAAUCUGAUAAGGUGAUGUCAGGAACAUACUUCCUUAGCAAUCGACCUGAAGAAAUUGUUGUGUAUAGGUGGUUAUGGUUCGAUGACUUCGUUAGGGACGUUGAGGAAAAUAUAGGUGAGAGAACAGAUGUCGAAAAUUUAGAAGAAGAACAUGAUGGGGACACGAAAUUUGGGGACAACGGAUCCACCUCCCGUCAAAGAGAGGGAGGGAAGGCAUUCAAUUUCGGUUGGAAUUACGUGGUCAGCAUCUUCACGACGACAAAGAAAAUUAUUUGGAAAGCAACUCCCGACAACUUCCGUUGCGGCGGAACAGAAGGGUACUAAAUGGAAGCUCCACCAACCCAACUGGGAAAGAAAGCCACGGAAGGCAAGGCUCAUCGUAAACAGAACAAAAUUGAAGCAAGGUGUUUUAAUUUGAUAUGGAUUAGAUUAUGGUGGUGUGGUGAUGGUCAAAUAAUGAUGAAAACCCUAUAUAUAAUGGAAAUAAAUAAAUUAAAAAAGGUGCAUGUUGUGC